GGCGCCCUCGCCGGGUGCGUGCCGCUCGCACGCCCGCCUGCCCGGCUCUCCGCGCCCGCCGCCCGCGCCCGGCCCCGGCGCCCCGGCCCUCCCGCCCGCGCUUCAUGGCUGCGCAGGAAUGGGACUGGUUCCAGCGCGAGGAGCUCAUCGGACAGAUCAGCGACAUCCGAGUCCAGAACCUGCAAGUUGAGAGGGAGAAUGUGCAGAAGCGGACUUUUACUCGAUGGAUAAAUCUCCAUCUGGAGAAGUGCAACCCACCUCUAGAAGUUAAAGAUUUAUUCGUCGAUAUACAAGAUGGCAAAAUCCUAAUGGCUUUGUUAGAAGUCCUGUCUGGGCGGAAUCUGCUGCACGAGUACAAAUCCUCAUCCCAUCGUAUUUUUCGGUUAAACAACAUAGCGAAAGCACUUAAGUUUUUGGAAGAUAGCAAUGUAAAGCUGGUUAGCAUUGAUGCGGCAGAAAUAGCAGAUGGCAACCCCUCUUUGGUUCUUGGGCUGAUUUGGAACAUAAUCCUCUUCUUCCAGAUUAAAGAACUCACGGGCAACCUCAGCAGAAACUCUCCAUCCUCCAGCCUGUCACCCGGCUCGGGGGGCACAGACUCAGACUCCUCCUUCCCACCCACACCCACUGCAGAGAGGAGCGUGGCAAUCUCGGUGAAAGACCAGAGGAAAGCCAUCAGGACGCUGUUGGCCUGGGUGCAGAGGAAAACGAGGAAGUAUGGCGUGGCGGUGCAGGACUUUGCAGGCAGCUGGCGGAGCGGGCUGGCUUUCCUGGCUGUGAUCAAGGCCAUCGACCCCAGCCUGGUGGACAUGAAGCAGGCGCUGGAAGACUCCAUGCGGGAGAAUCUGGAGAAGGCUUUCAGCAUCGCUCACGAUGCCCUUCACAUCCCCAGGCUCCUGGAGCCAGAAGACAUCAUGGUUGACACACCAGAUGAGCAGUCCAUCGUGACUUACGUGGCUCAGUUUCUAGAACAUUUCCCGGAGUUGGAAGCCGAGGAUUUUGUGGAUUCUGACAAAGAAGCCCCUAUCGAAUCCACCUUCGUUCGCAUCAAAGAAACCCCUUCAGAACAAGAGAGCGCUGUUUUCCUUCUGACCGAGGACGGGGAGCGAGCCUACACCAUCAACCAUGAGGCCAGCCACCCGCCUCCCUCCAAAGUCUUCGUCUGUGACAAGCCUGAGGACGCGAAGGAGCCCUGGCUGGGUGGCGUUUCCAGCCAGGAGCUGGUGGACAGCUCCUCCGAGUUCAUGAACCAGAUCAUCGAGCAGGUUCUCCAAGGGAUCCCUGGGAAGCUCAACAGCACCAGUGAACCCGCUCCAGAAUCUUCCAUCCUAUCAUCCCGAAAGGACAACCGGAGGUCCAACUCUCUGCCAAUCAAGAAGACGGUGCACUUUGAGGCCGACACCUACAAGGAUGCCUCCUGCAGUCAGGACCCUUUCUACAGUGCAGACCUGCACUUCGAAGGGAGCCCCGGAGAGACCAAGGAGUCGUCCAAGCAGGAUGAACAGGUCUUGGCGGCUGACACUGCUGAAGAAACACCGAAACGGGAGGCACCGGAGAUCCUGGAAGCAGCCUCGGACGAGGUCCCUGGCGACAUGUCCUCAGUGGAUGGUGAGAUCAGUCAUCCUCCGACUUCCUGGACCUCUCCCCCCUGGAAUGGGGCAUUGGAGAGGGCAUCCAGCCCUGGGGACGAAGGCCAUCUUCCCUCACCCCCGGGAGAGAACACCGUUAUGGCCAAUGCCUUGGAGAUCAAGGUGAAGCUGCUGAUGGUAGAAGUGAUGGAUAAAGAAGACUAUUUUGAAGCCAUACCAUUAAAAGCCUCAAAGUUUAACAGCGACCUCAUCGAUUUUGCCUCUACCAGCCAGGCUUUCAACGAGGUUCCUUCGCCUCAUGAGAAAAAACCUGCAGAGGAGGAGCUGCCGGAGGAUCACCCCGAGAGGUUGGGCAAACGGAGAGGGAAAUCCGCCCACAAGAAGACAGAUUCGGAUGAGGCUCCAGUGAAGCUCGACCAACCCGACCCUCACAAGGACCCUGGAGACCAAGACCAAGGCUAUUCUUUGGCCCCCGAGGAGGCCCUGGUGGAUAAAAAGCCAGAGGUGUAUGAGAAAGCCAAGCGCAAGUCCUUCCGACGCCGCCGUCGGGGCGAGGAGGAAGGGGAAGCCGAGUGCCUCCGGGGGCUCGGGGGAGAAUUGCCUUCCAACCCGCCAAGCAGCAGCGUCAGCUUGGAGACCCUCCGCAGCCCCAGCGAGGAGGGCCUGGACUUUAAGCCGUCUCCCCCGCUCUCCAAGAUUUCCGUCAUCCCCCAUGACCUUUUCUACUACCCGCAUUACGAGGUGCCCCUGGCGGCGGUUUUGGAGGCUUACGCGGAAGGCUCGGAGGAUUUGAAAAACGAAGAGAUGGACCUGGAAGAACCGGAGGGCUAUCUGCUGGACCUGGGGGCCAGGGAGGAUGAGCCCGAGGAGGCCGAGGCCUCCCACAGCAGCUUCAACUUCUCCGGGCUGGGCGAGGACCUCCCCCAGGCCAGCACUGCAGAGGAUGCCAGUCCCGCCUCGGAACCCUCUCCCCAACCCUCGCCUGAGGACCACCAGCAAAGGGAGGCCAAAGACAGCGUCCCCGUGCAGGGCCAUCAGUCCCAGGAAUCCCCAAACUCGGAAAACUUAGCCAGCCCCUUAGAGGAAAAGGUAAUGGAAGAAUCGAUCAGCAGUAAAAAAAAGGAGAAAAGGAAACAUGUGGACCAAGUAGAAAGCUCAAUAUUUGUAGCACCCGGAACUGUUCGCUCCUCAGAUGACCUGGAAGAAGACACCGGUGACCACAAAGUCCUUUCCAGGACGAGUCACAGUGACUCCAGCAUUUACAUUCGACGACAUACUAAUAGGUCUUUGGAAUCGGAUCAUUUUAGCUAUGUUCAGUUGAGGAACGCAGCGGAUGUGGAUGACAGAAGAAACCGAAUGUUAACCAGGAAGGCCAACCACUCGGGCAAAGCCAGGCUGCAGGAGAUCCACAGCGCCCAGAGCGACUCGCUGACACAGCUGGUCCAGCAGCCGGACGUGAUGUACUUUAUCCUCUUCCUCUGGCUCCUGGUUUACUGCCUGCUGCUCUUCCCCCAGCUGGACGUCAACAGACUCUGAUGCGUGCGUCUGCGUAAUAAAAGAGACAGGACCCUGGCCGUGGGGUGGGCAUUCUCCUUCCUUCCUCUUCUUGCCUAUUCUGGACGGGGCGCUUCUGCAGAUAGUGGAAGACCUCCAAGGAAAACUUAGACCCCCCCCAACCCUUCCCCACUAUUUUUUUUUCAUGUUUCCUUUCGUUUUCUUUUAUUGUAAGUCCUAAGCAUGCUUUUCUCUUAGGCUGUGAACAUAACACUCAGGUGUGUGGCCGGAUCCUUGGGUGGGGUUUGUUUGUGUGCCUUGUUCUGCCAGGUAAUACUAUUAAGCUUCAUGGCUGAGACUUAUGGGGCUUCCCAGGUGGCUCAGUGGUAAAGAAUCUGCCUGCCAGUGCCGGAGACACAAGAGAUGCGGGUUUGAUCCCUGAGUCGGGAAGAUCCCCUGGAGAAGGAAAUGGCAGCCCACUCCAGUAUUCUUGCCCGGAGAAUCCCAUGGACAGAGGGGCCUGGCGGGCUACAGUCCCUGGGGUCGCAAAGAGCUGGACACAACUCAUCGACUGAGCACAAGCACUGAUUCUUAGCUUGCUCGGCUUUUAAGGUCCCAGAUGGACUUGAGUUUGUUACCUCCUGAUGAAAAAAGGGAUGGAUACCCCAGGGAGAGCCCCUAUGGGAAGAAAACUGCCCCACUUUCCUCCAAGAAGGGCAUUUGGGUGAAGGCGCUGGGGGCCCUGUGGUGGUCUGGUGGUUGGUCGUGGUCUUUGCGGGGCGGGAGAGGGGUUAUCCAAAGAACAGCACAAAACUGCCGGCCCCAGGAAAGUGCGUCCACAGUCAGCAAAAUUCACAGAAAGUAAAGGCUGAGUUGUGAGCUGCAGUGCACACUUGUUCACACUAGGGUGUUUUUCUAGGGAGGGGAUGCAUUUUCAUUUUGCUUUUGCACUGACUGAAUUGAGAUAAAGCUGUGAUUUUUCAAACCUUUUCCACCCAUGGAAUCCUCUUUUCAAGAGGAUUCUCAGGGGGUGGUCUAGUCGAAACAUGAAAAGCAGAGCUUUGGCUGACUCGGGCAAGGCCUGGGAUCCCUCUUGCUUUGUCUGGGCAGUCCCGCACCCGCACCCCCCCACCUCCAGCUUCCAUCCGUGGCUCCUAAGGCCGGUACCCAAGGCUGGUACCCAAGGCCCUGCAGAGCACUGUAAACACCAAGAACCUCCCAGAGCCCCAGGAGGAGGGCAGAGGUGACCUGGCUGAGAAUGAGCUCUGGUUGGUGGUAGAGCAGGUAGUAGCCCAGCAGGUUCCUGCUCCAAGAGCACCUGUGUGCACACUGCCGCACAGUGCGAGUCUCUGCACCGCCGUCCUUUGUGGUCCGUUAUAAUGGGUUUCUUGAAAAGGAGGAAGGUUUCCAGAAGGCAUCUUGAGAAGUAGCCAGAACUGGCAGGUGAUAGAGGAAGGGCAUCCAGCCGCCCUUUGGUCUUCUGUCUUCCUUCUACCCUGGGCUCCCUGCUUCCUUUCAAGACACAGGCCCUGCCUCCCUGGGUAUCGCUUCCUCCUCCCCUUGUCCGCCCCUGCUCAGAAAGCAUAUCGAGUGAGACUUAUAAACCCACAGACUACGAGGUCUAGAGGGCCGUUCAGACAGCAUCUUCGCUGCUGAACCUGGAGAGGCAGAGCCGUUUGACCAAGAUCGCACAGCCAACCAGUAGCAGACUUGCAAGUGUACCCAGGCCACCCGAUGUCCUCCCCGGAGCUGUCCCCUCUCUUAGGGAACUUCUCUUGGGCCCAAGGAUGUCCUGAAAAAAAUAAAAUAAUAAAAUGAAUAGAUAAGAAUGUCCUCAUUUAAAACAAAACCAAAAUUCUUAGGUCAACGACCAACCUUUGUUUUUUUCUCGUAUUUUUCCCACAAAGUUUUGUUCACUUCCAGGCUUGUCACCCGUUCCUUCUGGAAUAUCCUUCACGGCUCUAACAGCCUGUCAGCUGACACACCAGUGUUGUUCUUACUCCAAGAAUCAUGCUUCUCUCUCUGCAAGCCAAGGGCUUGCUUAUUUCAAGCAGUGGGUCUCCAGUUUACAGAAUUCCAGCAUGGCCAAAAGAAUUUACCUAGCACAUUUGAGUUGAUGACAGCCAAAACCUGACUUCUAUCCCACUCUAGUUAUAGCCUGCCUUCUCUCCAUGAACGAAUCUAAGCCGUCCAAGCUGAAAGCUGUUGGGAGCUUGGAGCAAUUCCAUCUAGAGGGCCAAGUGUCCCAUGGAAAAUGAGCUAAUUAAUGAGCUCCCUAGCAUCAAUGAACGCUCAAAGGUACAGAUACUAAAGAUUAUGUGUGUAAUAUUUUAUAACUCUGGACAUCAAGCAGUCCUCACCUAAAUUAGAUGCUUGAAGAGCCAAGGAAGAGCAGACCCAAGCAUUAAUCGUUUCAUUUUAAGGAUCUAGACCUUGUUCAGAAAAGUCUGCAGGUUUUCUCUCUCACCCAUUACAAAGUGUAAUAUUGUUUAAAACCAUCUACUGGCAAGAUGCCUGAAAGUCUUUAGUUCAAGUUGGCAGCAAACUGAUUUUUUUUUUUUUUAAGAACAAAGAUUCUCACUUGAGGAUAGGCUUGUGUGAAUGAAGUCAGUUAUAGAAGGUGAGUAAGAAGCCAGCAGGACAAACCACCCCAUGGUUUUUGUUUUUUUUAAGAAUUUAUUUUUAAUUCUUAUCCAAGUAAUACAUAUUCAUAGUUUUAAAAGAAACAAAUACAAGAAGGCUUUUAAUGGAAACUAGCAAUCUCCUGUGUCUUGCUUCCUGAAAGUAACCCUUUCAACUCUUCCUAUUUCUUCUAAUAUUUACCUUUGCAUUUCUAUAUAACAUGUUUAUAUUUCUUUUUAUUUUUAGAAUAGCAAGAUACCUACUGGCUUGCUACUAUGGUCGAGAAGGAUCUUGCUCUUAGCCUAACCCCACUUUGUUUUUCCAGCAUGGUUAGAUUUUGUUGUUUGGUACAUCUCUCUUCAUCGUGAGCCUAUGAGGUCUGUUUACUUCUGAACCAAGUGGUGUACUAUAGUUGCUUGUCUUUUCUCGUCAAAUUUUUUCUCCUUGAUGAUGAUGAUGAUGAUGAUUUUGGUGUGAUACCUUCCUUAGUAACUUCCUGAGAAAAGAACAUGGGAAGUAAAUAUUUUGAGAUUUUGCAUAACUUAAAACGUCCUUAUUCUGCCCUUACCCAGGGGUAGCUGGAUAUAGAAUUGUGGGUGGAAAAUAAUACCCUCCCACCACUCCCACCUCCAACGUGGUUGUUGAGAUUCUUAAUGUCAUUCUGAUUCCCAGGCCUUUAGCUGUGAUCUGGGUUUCUCCACCUUCCCAGGAAACAUUUCAGAUCCCUUCAUUCUUGGUGUUCUGAACAGUCCCAGUGAUGGUGUGCCCUUGAUGGUGUACCUCAUUCUGGGCUCUCAUGGGAAAUUUCUUAAGUUUUCUUGUAAUUGUUCACAUUUUUUCUUUCUGGACCACCUGUUGUUCCAAUGUUGGACCUCCCAGGCUAAUCCUCUAAUAUUGUUUUUUCUAUUUCUCAUGUCUUAAUUUUUUAUCUGCUUGCAAAGACAGUUAACUUUAUCUUCUCAGUGUUCCUGGUGAAUGGUUUUUAACUUCCAAGACAUUUUGUGGCUCUUCUCUUGUUUCUGUUUUAUAGGGUCCUGUUCUUGUUUCUUGGCUGCAGAACUUAUCUCUCUGGAUGUUCAUGAUAGUGGGGUUUUGAGGUACUUCUUUUCUGCUGUUUUGCUUUUAUUUCCUCUAAGUUCCCUUUCUUUUGGUUAGUCUCAGUCUCUGGCUUUCAUGUUACACAUUUUCUUGUGAUAUCUAGUGAUCCUGUGGAUCUGUUCUUGUGUAAGAGUGAUAUUUCAAAAAAUGGAUUGGAAACUCUGUCAACUCGUGGAUUUUCCUGUAGGGUCACCAGGUGGGCACCUGAACUCUUCAGGGGAGGACCACACAUAUCAGGAGGUCUUAUGCAGGUCUUUUCUCAUUGUGUUUCUUUAGAGAUAUUUCCACUUCUCUCUGAGCAUACACAGGGCUGCUACUAGCCUAUGCAGAGCCCUCGUGCAGUUUCAAAAGGGCAUUCCCUCUGAGUGGAUAACUUCAAGAUAGGUGCCCCUCUGGGGCAGAAGCCACCUGUGGGCAUGUGGCCAAACUGGCAGGCACAUCGUUUGCCUCUUUCUCCAGGGAAAGGCUUGAGGAACAGAGCUAGGGCUAGAGUUAAUUCCCAGUUUCCCCUUAGCCUUGCCUCUUUGUGCAAUGCACAGACUGUAGGGCCGUACCCAGACAUGCCGGCGCACACCUGAGUGCCCGCAUCCUGACCUCUGAGCAGGCAUCUCAUCACCAUCAGUAUGUAGACACAGUGAAUCGGUCCCGCCGCACUGUGCCUGGUGUCCCCAGGUUGGACCUCCUCUGCUUCCCCCAAGGAGCGGCUGCAGCUCAGUACCGCACCUCUCCUCUGCACAUACGAGGUAUUGGGAUUCCUUGACUCUGCCCGUCUGCCUCCACUCGGCCCCUGCCAUAAAUGGGUUGGCAUCUCUCACCUGCUGUCACCUCCUCUCUAUCAUUCUGUCUUCAUGAUGCCAUCACUUCCAUUCCUUUGCUCUUGUUUCUGUGGGCUCUCACCAGGGAAGACAUGAGCCCACGUGCUCAGGUCACCAUCUCGAACACAUGGGCCCUCUCUAUGCAGUCCCCCGUGUGCUCUCUCCCUGCUGGUUAGGCAAGCUCGCUGCUAUGUGGACACGCUUGUGAACUUGCCCUGAGUCCUGCUGAGCCAGUGGUCUUCAAGCGCCUUCAGUUUGCACUGGGCCAGGUUGGGGGUGUUGGGGAGGGAACACACCGUGCUCCCCUCGAUGCCACAGUGCAGAUAGGGGUUCUCCUUCCUGCCUCUUUCACCUCCUGCCCCCACACAACCAUCUUAGAGCUCCCGCUGCCCCCAAGCUCCAUGGAGUCAUGCACUUUUUACGUUUCCCUUGCCUUGCUUCAUUGGAAAACCAGUAGCCCACACUGGUGUCGGCCAGUGAACAAUACGGCUGCCCCCUCUACUGGGUGGCUGUUUGGAACUGGGUGGGCAGUUUUUCCUGGUCAAGCCAGGACUCUGUGGGGAGAUGGGUUCCCACCAGGACUGAGAAUGGAGUACUAUCUUCCCUGCCCCUUAGACAACCACUCCGGACACAGGCUGCUUCUCCCUUCUUGGGAUUCAGCAGAAUUCUCCCCAGCUUUCCUCUCAUCCCUGUGCAGUGCUAACAUGCUCUGUGUGAGGGUUGAUCUCAUAGAAGGCAGAAGAUUUGGAGGCUGUCUCCCUGUAUAGCCGAUCUCCAUAAAUUGUAGAUUGUUUGCUAGCCUUAGGGAUCACGUAGGGAUCACAGUGCCUCAUUUAAGAAAUGAGAAAGGUGAGGAUCAGGAAGGAGAAAUGACUAGUCCCAAUGUUGCUUAGUGCCCUCAGGAGGGACAUCUUGACACCCAAAUGAGUUUUCUGCAAACCUCCAGCCUCCAGUCCCUGAAGCCCACUUGCACCUCCUUUCCCAUCGAGGACUCAGAACAUCCAGGAGCUGAUCUCAGACACAAGCCCGAGGAAACAAGGAAAGACUGUAUCUCCUGAAUACCAGAAUUCAUGGUGGCUUCCUUGUUAAGAACUCUUCUGUCUCCAUGGUCAUGUCAUUGAAGGGCAGUCCUGUGACGCACUCUCUUUCACGUGACCUUGGCUUUUCUUAACUCUUCAGAAUGCCACUGCAGCUCGCAGAUGUGGCCUCUCUCUCCUUUCUGCUUGGAGACCUCCCCAGCCAUCUCCAUUGACGUCCUGAAGUCCCCGAGGUGGGCUGUGUGCAAGUUUCAAGCCAGCAUGGCUCUUCAGAACCUUCUUGGUGAUGCCUUGGCCAGGAAACAAGAGCCUGUGAUGCCCUUCGAGUCCAGAGGUGUUAUUUCUCUCGCCCCGACAUUGCAUCAUCUCUGCUGAACCCACCUUUGGGGGCAGAUUUAGUGCCCGGAGCCCCCACUGAACGGCUGACUCUUCAUCCGGUCCGUCCAGCUGCUGAGCGGGGCUGAGCUCAGGAUGAGGGCCAGGACCUGGGCUGAGCGGCUGAAGGCUGAGAGCCAGCAUGAGUGAUAACACGCUCAUUUGCUGGAAAUGGCUGCAGAGUUUGCCUUAACGGUUAGCCAGCGUCAGGGAGCCAAGAAAUGAGAUGUGGCUUCUUUGCUGGACAUGAAAUCCCACGGAUCUCUUUUUGCGCUGUCUCUUGUCGGGCAUCUCGUUGAGGAAAAACAGUCAGCCAAGGGAAGUGAACCUGAUGCAGGCAGAGCCGGGACUGUUUUGCAUCCAGAAUUUUCCAUUUCCAUGGCGAGCAUGCAGAUGCUGUGGCCCCAGGCUCCAGGUGAGCCCUAGCCUUCCGUUCUCUGAUAUGUGAGAGCUCCAACGUGACCCGCAGGUCUUCACCGUCCUCCACUCUCGUGGGCUCUGCCAGCUUGGGAAGGGGCAAAGGCCUGGAGACUCUGAGCCCCUACUUCCCAAGGGUCAGCAGAGUUCCGGAACCCCUCUGAUUUUUCUGAAAUGGCCAAGUCCUCCUGCACAGGGAAGAUCAACUUAGAUGUUUAUAAUUUGUUCUGAGAAACUUGAUGAAAACCCAUCCGACAAGCAGUCACCUCUAGCCCAGGGCUAUAGCACCAACAAGCCAAAAAGCAUCCUCAUCUGUGGGAAGAAGACAGCCAGUGUUUUAUGCUGUUUGACCACAUGGUGUUAAAUACACAACAGUCUGGCCCUGAUCCCACCGGUAACUUUAAAAUCCCUGACACUUAGAUGUCAAGGCCAACUUUCAUUUGGCAGAAAUCUCUCUAACUGAAGCCGCCCGCCCACUCAUUUUAUAGUCACUUCCUUCCCAAGGAGGUUUUAUGGGAUGGGGAGGAGGGCAGGUUUGGGAAUCACCCAGAUUUAGGUUCCAGUUCCAGCUCUGUCUCUAGGUACCUGGAUGACCUUGGGCAAAUAACCUCUCUGACCAUCUUCUGUGCAGAGUAGAUACUCAGCACGUGUUUGUUGAGUGAAUGAUAGUUUCCUUGUGGACUUGCGCAGUGGUCUAGUAGUUAAGACUCCAUGCUUCCACCGCAGGGGACACAGGUUCGAGUCUUGGGAAAGUUCCACGUGCGGCCAAAAAUAUUAAUAGCUUCCUCAUGAGCUCAUUACAACAUUGUAUGCUGCUCAGCAGCUCCUUGCCUGCCUGUCCCUCAAGCUUUGACUAGACCUCCUUUCAUUAUAUUCAGUUACCAUAGCUUUUCCCAGCUUCUUUCCAACCCACCUCCCUCUUGCCAGCUGCUCUGUCUCAAACCUAACUCAUACCUUUUAUAAGAGGAAGUCUACCCAUGAACUCACUGGACCCUUAACAAUCACAGGAGGUGGUUCUUUCACCCCAGGAGGUGGUGCUUUUAGCUUUAGAGGAAGCUAAAACACAAGAAGGAAAAAUAACAAGAUCAUAGAGCUGGCAGGUGGCAGAACCGCAAAUAUGGGACUUCCUUCCAAAUGCUGAUUUCCACCCUAGACUUCACUGCUUAGAAAAUAAGCUUUGCCCCAAGGUGAUUCUGAUUGUUACUGACUUCAGUCUAGUUGGCAAGAGUGGGUGAGGACCUCAGAGCUGGGCAGGUGGUGAACUUUAUCUGUCACUUGUAACCCCCCACCUUGUGUUCUUCCCCUUUCUAGGUUUCUGCACACUUUGACCCUUCCUUGGUGACUUGGUGGUAAAGAAUCCACCUGCAAUGCGGGAGACCCAGGUUCUGUCCCUGGGUCAGGAAGAUCCCCUGGAGGAGGGCAUGGCAACCCACUCCAGUAUUCUUGCCUGGAGAGUCCCAUGGACAGAGGAGCCUGGUGGGCUACAGUCCAUGGGGUUGCCAAGUGCUGGACACAACUGAGUGAUUAACACUUUCACUUUCCACAUCAACACUGCUUAAAUAUUUCCUUCAUCCUCAGUUUGUAAAAGUGGCUGAGUAACAUUGUACAUCAAUUAUACUUCAAUUAAAAAUAAGUUUAAAAAAAUUUUAAUAACUGAGGACACCCCAAAUUCAAGUUUUACCCUCAGGUUGCAAAUUUAUAACUAAAAUGACUGCUUUUAUUUAUUUAUUUUUCUUCUGGGACUUUGGUAAAUUUCAUUAGAAAAGAUAUAUAUUUUUUUAAUUUUAUUUUAUUUUUAAACCUGAAACACUGUAUUAGUUUUGCCAAACAUCAAAACGAAUCCGCCACAGGUAUACAUACGCUUCCCAUCAGCAGCAUAAACUCAGUGUCUUAACAUUCGAGAGUGAGAGACUUUAAUUAACCACCCCCAGCUCUUCACUCAGUUCUUCUAACAUGCUUUUCAGAGUGGAAGAGAGGCCCCCUCCUUUGAAAAGCAAAUUUCAUUGUCCUGGGCAGAACACAAUUAAAAUAAGAAGGAGAACUUGAAUUCCUGGGAGGAAGACAACAGGUUGGUCUGUGAGAUAGGAAUCACCAUUUUCCCCCUUUGUUCUGCCUUUAAAAAGUUGUGGGUUUUGCAUUGUUGCAAAAACAAAUAGAAAAGUGUCUUUUGAUAGGUUGUUUUUUUUUUGUUUUACCACCAUUUGCGAUAGUUCCCACUUCUCUUAGCCCCACCAGAAGUCAGUAGACUUUGCUGUGAGGAUAGCCACAACACGCCUGGUUGAAACACUUUUUAAAAGGAAACUCUUAAGAGUGUCUGUAACCUAGAGAGUUGACAGCGUUCCAGAGUAGGACGGCACUGGCCUGGCUGUUAGGAACGCAGGUCCUAGCUCGGGCCCGCCUGUUGUGGCACCUUGAAUAAUUCAUUUACCUUUCUGGGUUGGAAGUUUGAAGACCUCUUUUUAGAAGUUCAUCCUAGGUUUAAAAAUCCAAAGGUUAGCAAGUUCGUUUUUUUUUAAACAUCUCAGUAAGUAGCCUAUUUGCUUAGAAUAAAUGUGCCUCUGCAUUUGUAAGUGAAUUCCAAAGCUUAGAGCAGGGCUUCCGGCUUCAGUAUUUAGAAAGGUGCCUUCGGAAAGGGUUUGGUGGAAUAAAAGGUAGUCUGUCUGUGGAAGGUGUGGGGGUGGAAGCUUGUAGAACGUGAGAGAUCUGCUUCCUGGGCUCCCAGAACUAAACUGGUCUCCUUAAAUUAAAUCAGCAUCUGAUGCAGCAGUUUUCUCAGAUUCGUUGCAAUUCACAAGUUCAGCCGCAGGAAUACACAGAUGUAAACACCUGGACCUUUCUAUUCUCCUCUAUUCCCCCAGCCCCUCUGAGCAUCGACACGCAUAGUGUUAGCCACUCGGUUGUGUCCGACUCUCUGCAACCCCGUGGAUGGUGGCCCACCAGGCUCCUCUGUCCAGGCACAGAAAUUCCACUUGAAUCAGAGGCUGGUUGCAUUCUAGCAUUGGAUCCUUGAAGCCAAAGACUGGCACGUUUGUGUAGAAUGUCCCUGGGGUGGGUGUGGCACUCGGGGAACGGGUAGCAUGAAACAGAGACCCUUUGCCCUUGAAUUGCACCCUAAAUUAGCUGCUGGCGUCACUUACAUUGAUGCUGGUAACAUCAGCCAAAGACAAAGAGUAAAUACAGAAAGAUGGUCGGUCCCUGCCGUGGAGCAGGUGCAAGGUCGGGACCAAUUAGUAAACCUGGACACAGGAGUUGUUGAAAGUGUAUAGUAUUGAGUGAUGAUAGGUUUAUUUUUUCAAGGUCUGUAGUAUGUUUAAUAGAUUCACUGCUACUGUUUCUUUUAAUAUCAUGGCAGGACUUAAUUGAUAAUGUCUGAAUAUUUUUACUGAGAGGUCUAAGAACUAUUGGAAAAAAGUGAAAUGUUAUUUUGUAGUACAAGAAUUAUUUUGUCUAUUUAGUCUAUACAUAGCUGUAGCUUUGUAAAAAAAAAGGUAUCUUUGUAAAAAAAUUGUAUGAACGUGCACUCUUAUUUAUUAAUUAUUGUAAAUGAAGAUAUAAAUGAUUAUUUGCAUAAUUUAUACCUGUGGGAAAUUAACUGGAGUAUUUGUUAUUUGACUGUUUUCUAUUAAGGAGUAUUAGGCUUGGUGCUAUGAUGAAUGGUCUUGUAAAAUUCCAUGUAUUCUUAAGAAAAAUUUUGAGUAUAAAUCUCAUGAAUCAACCA